UGAAAGUCGUGAAACAGCAUCGCUUGCUAAUAUUUUGCAUCUUUUCUCGAUCUCCUUUAUUUCUCUUCUCCAUUCAUCGUUUUCUUAAUAUGAAGAUUGAGGUGUCUCGAAUCAUAUACAACGAACUCCUUAACUAAAAGCAAAAAACAAAAUCAUCAACAACUAGACCGGCUGCGAAUUACUUUUGAAUCUUUCAUAGAAGCGCUUGGCGUUGGGGGGGCUGGCCUCAGAGUACUCCAACACUACCAGACGUGCGAUUCAAUAAUAAUUUGAAGAAAUUUGAAUUUCAGAAUUUUGCUUUUCUUACUGCGCGAGGGGAACAAAUUCAAGAAUAAUAUUCAUCCGACUCACUCUUACUACUACUAGUUUCAUUUUCUUGCUAAGUAAACGUAAAGAAAGAUCGAAAAAAUGGCUGCGGCGACGGGGACUUCUGAGGACAGCUGGACUGAAGAAGAAGCAGCCGGUUGGUUCUUCGCGCGUACUUAUUUUGGUUUGCUGCUAAACGGAACGGACAGUGAAGGCACACAAGAAGCGGAGGCCUUUGUAAAGAUUAUUUUCAUAUUAGUUUCGAACCAUACAUUUUGAUGAUUGAUGUUGACAUUGACAUUAAAAGUAGAAGUCAAGUACGUAAAAGGGAUCAUUUUGGAAGCUACAUGAUAAUGAUUGUCGUCCUUUACUUAUUGAUUGCCUUCAUCCUCUCCUUGUCAACGAACUGCGCAUGACUGUUUUAUUUUCGUAUUUGUUACAUACGAAAAAUGAAAAUCUCAAUCCCAACCAUCUAGUACUCAAUGCCUCAUAGGUUGACUACCUCUAUGACGAGAAGGCGGUUGUGACGCGGGGUUCUCUUCAAGAUUCUACGUCUACCACGGUGACCGGAAAAGCCAAGAUCUUAGAGCAUAUGCAGAAGGUACUUUUUGACCAUAGCUGCUUGGUGUUGAAGAACUGUACAUGUUGAAUGUUGUUAUUCAUAGACAGUUUUUACAUGCUGGAGGAGCCAGAGAAUGUCCAGCAAUAGCGACAUUGCUGCAACACCAACAGCUUACUUUGACGUAAGUACUAGUUCUAGUAUAAUUUCUAAAUUGACAUACAAACAGGACUUCGUCCUGACUGGCGGCCUCGAAGAUGGAAAUUUUAGCACAAUUGACUGCCAUUUGAUCCCUGGUCUUCCGGAAGGGAUCAGUCGAUACCAAGUGAGCAUUUCCGGUUCGCUUUCUUACCGUUCUACCCACCUGCAGCGGAAGCAAAUUCAGCAAGCUUUUGUUGUCGAGUGGCUUGAGGAGUCGGAUGACAGGUAUCCUUUCUUGGGUGGUCACCGUUUCCGCAUCUUCAGUGACAUCUUGCGCUUCGUGAACCCCAUCCAAGCUCCGGCUCCGGGCCCUAAACAACCUGCGGCAAAUGGAGCAGUUCCAGCUGAAGGAGAAGUACAAGUAGCUGCUGCGUCUAAGAACAACAAGAAGGAACAAAAGGCUGCUCAACCUAAGGCCCAAGCACAAUCUACUUCUGCGACUGCUCCUGCUACUUCCUCUGAGCAGGCCACGACUAAGCCUAGUGCGACUUCAUCUGCGACUGCGACACCUCCUGCCACCACGGCGAACAAGAACAACAAUCCGUCUAACAACAACAACCGCCGAGACAAAACGAAAGCUAGUCCAGGAAAUACUAGCAAAACGUCAACAUCUAAGAUUAAGGUUCGAUUUUUGGCGUUUCUGUUACCGUGUGUUUUGACUCUCCCCCCAAGGGGGAAGUAAGACUAUGACUAAGAGCAUACUUAACUCAAACGUGAAACAGUAGAAACACCAGAACCCUAUUUUUAGCUCUAAUAAGACCACUGACCAACAACAAGCAGGAGGGGAGACCAAGACUAGCACUAGGAGAUCAAGCGGCAAUGGUGCUGUAGGAAACGGGCAUGCACCAUCUCCGAGAAAGCUAGUCACGCCACAACAAAGUGCUACAAAAGCAUCGGAUGAGGAGGAAGGUACUACUACUUUAUCAACAAAUCCACAAGAUUCACGUUGUUGUCUAACUUACAACGGACUGUUCAUGACGUUCUUGACUUAGGUACUUACUUUUACAAAUUACAACGAGUGGUGCUGUUGCUGUCCGGUAGUGCUGUUGUUCUCAUCCCCUCUCUCCUAUUCUCAAUCUCUCCUACUCCACGAUACAGAAGCUAAGACGGACGUCCCUAAGACAGAUGUUAUGCGGACAGCGGAUGACCUCUCAAUUUCCGGAGAAAGUUCGCCGAAGAGCUCGAAUGCAGGUAUCUUUACUAGUCUUACACUAUGCAUAUGUUCUCAUGCAUGCUCAUAAUUCAGUUUCAGUAAUACAUCAGGUUGUCCUCAGAUUAAGAGAACAAUAAACUUCUUUUUCUAAAUCUCAGCAUCUAUACAACAUAGAAGAUGUUGAUUUACUUACCAAAACCAACAUGAUGUUUUUGUUUACCAACGACCAUCUAUAGAAUAUGAUUUACCUUACGCACAUGGUCCACGUCGUGAUGUCAUCAAUCUAAAACUAAUAUUGCAGUCGAGGCUCCAGCUCCAGCAGUUGUAAUACCAGACGACGAUAACAAUUUUCCGGGAUUGCCAAAGUCAUCAGGGGUUUUCGUCGCUAAGCCCUACAAGGGAGCGCUCGCACCAGAGCCACCAAAGAAAGAGAAAGUAGACGCAAAGAAGGAUAGAUCGUCAAGAAAAGGCAAGGGAAAGAACGCUGGCAAAGAUAAAGAGCCUCCGUCUGGGUCAAAUAGUAAGGUAGACAACAACAAAGAAGGAGGUAGUAAGUACAAUAGCAACAUCUCUCCUAGCGCUGGUAGCAAGAAUACAGGUGCUGCUGUCGCAGGUGGUGGAGCUAGCUCCACUGCAGUUAAGGGUUACCAUUUUGCAUUCUGUAAUAAUAUCCUUGACUUUUUUCCAAUAGGAAAGGGGUCAGGGAUGAUCUGAAGAAUGCAAUUUCGCAACCGCUAAUGCAGUGUCUUCCUCAGGCGCGACGUCAUCGUCCUCAAGUAGUAGAAAGAGCAAAGGCAAGGGAAAGAAAGGAGCGGAUAAAGAACCGAAACCGGCUACGCCUGUAAAUUCUAAAUCGACCACCAACUCAUCUUUAGAAGGAGCUGCGCAAAAGAAUAGUGCGGGACAGCACCAGCAGACAAAGAAUAACAAUAAGGAGAAAGGAGCCACCUCUUCAGGUGGAAGACCUUCUUCAGGUGGAAACAACAAAAACACAUCCUUAAGGCUCAGCUUUCAAUGGUCGUUGGGGUUGGUCACUGAGAUCCCUCUUGAGAGAACAGGGGAAAAUGAAGGAAAAGCAAAGGGAGAGGCAUGGGGCCCAUUUCUUUCAGAGUCAGUGACCAUUGAAUGCUGAGCUUUAACAUCCACAGCUAGAAAAAGGACAAAUAUCUGGAUAAGUACUAUCGACGUUAGCAUGGCAGACGAGGCAGUAAAGGAGAAACUAGAAGAAACUCUCAACAAGAUUCGACCAGGAGAUCUGCCAGCGCCAACUGUGACAGAGUUCGUGCGAAGCAAGGAAGAUAAGCAGUGGGCGUCAGGUAAUAUUAUCAUCUAAAGGGUGCUUUUUCCGAUUCACGAUCUUUACAAUCACACUCACAAGUACAACGAUGUAGUCUCCCCUUUUUGACUAACAAAUACUACAGAGCGGACUCAUUCUUCUUUAUUCUCUCACCACCUCAACAUCUUUGCUUCUCUCACCUCAACAGCGUGCGUCUUCACGGCAAAGAACCAAGAUGUUUUUCCGAUUAUCAGAAGAUUGACAGCGGAGACUGGGUUUUAUGUCGAGAAGAGAAAACAACCAAACACAGUCAAAGAGGCUGCUGCGGCGCCGGAGGCCGCUUCUAAGUGA